UAAGUCGAGCAAUACCAGUACCACUGUUUAGUGGCCAAUGAAUUUCUGUCAGGACAUUUCUGAGUGACGGACAUGUCGUCACUUUCUUCUGCGUCGUCAUUGGUUGCUGGAGGAGGCCCCGCCCCUCCCCGGAAAAGCGGUAAACUCAAACUGUUCGCUGCGAGAAGAAAGAGAGAACGAGAAGGAACGGUGAGAUGGAGGUGGACAUCCUGGAGUUCAGAGUCCCUGCGGAGAACAACAAGACCCUCUUUGUGUGGGACAUCCAGCCGACUCACUCUGAGGAUCAGAUCUACGUGUCUGUGUGCGGUUCCUCAGGUUGGUCUACUCAGCGUCUUCUCGUGCUUCGGGCCUCUCUACCUGCUCAAGGUGUGUCAGAAUUCUGCUCUUAACCCGCCGGGGUUCUACGCCCUCAUCAAGUUCUACUCUGCUGCUCAGGCCUCAAAGGCCCAACGGCAGACUGACGGACGCCCGCUGCUCCAAAGCUGUCCGCUCAAGGUGAGGCUGAGCUCCAAGCACACGUCUUCCUUCCUGUCUGACAGCAGCAGACCUCUAAGCCACGCCCGCUGCCUGGAACUGGCCAAUUACUGCCUAGGAUUCAAUGGCUGGACCUCUGACAUCAUCACGCUAAAGGAGCUCCCCAACGAAGAAGCAGCUGAAGAGGAGCAUGAAGGUGGAGGCCGAUGGAGGAGGCUGAAGUUUGGCUGUUUGCUGCAGCUCUCCUUCCCUCAUCACAGGCAGACGACUAGAGCAGCAGCAGUGGUGGAGGACUGCUUCACCUGCACAGAUCCAGAGCUUCUGAUACAGAAGAGGUGUAAACUGCACCGGCUGGUCCGAGAGCAAGCUCUGGUCAACGCCUUCUCUCCAGUACUACUUGUACUACUAGGUAACGGUAAAGUGAUGGUGGAACUGAAACAGUCUUCAAAUCCGUUUCUACCUGAUGAGACAGAAGGACUCCUACAGGUGAAGGAGUUUUCCUGGAGUGAGUUUGCUGCUGAUGAAGAGGAGCCUGCUGAAGAAGAGUGGGAUCUGACUGUAUUUUAGACUCCCAGGAGACUAGCAAACAUUAUGGGAAAUAUCACCACGGUUCACUGCAACGUUUUCAUGUUGGUCAAUAAAUAGGUUUUAUUAAUGUUAAUUUUUUUUGGCUCAGAUUUUCUAAUGCUUUUAAAAUAACAUAUGUUAAUUAGGUAGAAUAUGUUGAUGAGGCCGUUAAGGUUAAUAGUGAACAAUGAACAACAUAAAAGGGUUACGAUACAUUUAACUCCUAUUAAUGGAGCUUCUAAUCAGGACCAGAACACCUUUUACUGUCUUAACUCUGCAUUGAAUAUCGAUACAGGCUCACAUUCCCAUUUCUUUACAUCAAGACAAAAUGUACUAAGCUACCUCCGGUCUUAAGUAAAAGCACUUCCUGUUAAGUAAGCUUUUCAAUAUAAACCAUAGGAACACCACACU